CGCCAAAAGUCGCGUUAUUUAACUUGAGGGCAAAAUAGAAAAGGUGGAAAUUUAGGAAGCAAACAAAAGCUCCGCUGCCUUGUCUGCAAUGGCGUCUGGCGCUUUUCCCACGAGCGCCCCCUGCCCUUCUCGCUCUCCUCCAUAGGCAGACGCCGCGCUCCCCCAACGCCGCUCCGCCGACCCCAGUCAUAUCUCCCGCCCCCAGCUGAGGCAAUGGGGUCCUCGUCCUCGCCGUCGCCGCCGCCGCCGCCCAUGAUCGGGCGGGCCGGGAACCUCACCGUCUUCAUCACGCCGCCGUCUCCUGCUAGCACGCCGCGGGGCGCUUUGCGCACGCCGCCGCCCGAGUCUCCGCGCUCGGAUUUCUCUACACCCACCCGACAGAGGAUAGCCCCGUCGCCCUCCCCUUCUCCCUCGCCGCAGAAACACGAGAGCCCGUUCGCGGCGCCUGCGGUGGUGUUCACCCCGCCCCCGCCGUCGGCUCCUGUGAAGGUCGCGCCGCCGCCGGUGCAGGUGCCGCCGCCGCAGUACGAGAAGGCGUCCGCGGGAGGCAAGCACGACGGAUCGGCGUUUGGCUUCUUCUGGGACGCCGUCGCGCGCGUCCAGGAAGCGCACGCCAGCCUCGACGAGUACAUGGCUACCUGGUUCGGGUUGGAUCAGUCCAAGUACCAGUGGGCGCUCAACGACUACUACGAGGCCACAGGCAAGGACGUGGAUUGUGUAAAGGGUAGUAAGCUGAAGGAGCUUACUACUAAAGUGCAGAAAGUCUGAAAAAAAAGCAACUUUGUUUUGUGUUGAAGAGGUGUAGCUUGUAGCGUAUGUCUGGAGAAGCAUGUUCCAUUAGUUACAUUUUGGUGGGGGCCUUCUUGAAAAGUGGCCAUCUCUGCUUCGCCAGGCAGUUGGACAACUGGAGGCCGCGGUUGAAUCAAAGGAGCGGCCGUUGUUUCGUUCCGGUGUUUAGGAUCUGCUGUAAUCCUAAGGUUAUGUCAAAACACAGAAUGGGUCUUAUUUGCAAUGGUUCUAAUCUGGAUGCUGUCCGUUGCUUACCGCCACACCCUCGUCUUUUCUCUUAUCUAGAUAGCAAAAGCACGCCCAUAACUUGAUGUGGCAGGCGAUGGUACACAAUCAUCACUUCGUUUCCGCCAGACCUGGCUCAGGGUUGUAGAUCGGAGGCGCUUCCCUUCUGGCUCCUUGUUGUAAAGCUGAAGAGCUCACGAAUUACGAUCGUACACUGCGUUCCCUUGUUGCUUGUC